UGCCGACGAGAGCCUUGGGCCGUUCUGGCCGCUUUCAGGUGUCGGAGGAAGAGAGAGGAAGAGAGAGGAGGCGAAGGAGAACCAGGAGGAGGAGGAUGGGCUGACGCAGGCAGCUGACAGAUACCUCGUUGCUGGAAGCCGCGCUGUACACCACGGAAAGCUUUGCAAAGCGUGGAGGAGGGGUAGGCAUCAAACAGUGACUGGGCAGCCAAGAGACCAGUAUUAGUUAGGACGGGGAGCUGGCAAGCCAUGGCGAACGUAUCAGGGGAGGUAAGAUCCCACCAUCCCCUCCCUCUCACAGCGGAGGAGAAUCUUUCCAGAGUGCGAGCUUCGGUGGGUCGAUGCUAUGACGAAGGGAUCUGUCCGGACGACACCAGCCUGGGGGAAGUGGUGGAAGAUGAGCAAGGCAAACGAUUUGUGGUGAGUGGGUUGGUAAACGAGGUGAAGAACCAGUGGUUAAAGGAGCGAUCAGUAAUUGUGGUCUUCCAAGGCGAAGCACGCAGCUUAGCAAGAUCGGUCAAGGAGGACCUAAUUCGUGCCUAUGAAGACGGGUGGACAGCUAGAUGCCUGUUCCACCCAGAAGCCAGGCGGGGAAGAGUCAAAUUCGAGGGCCCCAACGUCGUUUCCUACGUCGCCAAAGCCAAGGAGAUAGCAGACUGGCUACUGCAGCAGGGUGAGUUAAAGAUCAAGCUAGGACUGAAAGAGUACCAGGUGUUAUUCAAACCAAGGUUGACAGAGCGAGAGUUACAGAUCGUUCGCAUCUUAGAGGCUGAAACCAAAUUUUGGAUAAUGGCUCUAAGGGUCCCAUUAGAUGCAUACUACUAUAUGAGAUCGGCAGUAAAGGGAAUGUUUGGGGAUAUCGUGGAGGUCCAUAAUCCGGAGUAUGAUAGGGAUAGACCGAAACUGAUGAACGUUAAAUUCGACAUGCCACCAGAGUCCCGCAGCAGGAUUGAUGACGAACUGGUCAUUCAAUCCCCCACGGGGGAAUGCUGGAAAGUAGAGAUAGUGUCUCCCUAUACAGAUUGGUGCAAGAGGUGCAGGUGGCAUUACCACACAGCGGACAACUGCCCCCGUCGGCAGAAAGAUGAGGGCCGUGGCAACAAUGGGGAGCGGCAAGGAGGUCACUGUGCUCGUUACUGUGAGUUCCAACACAGUCGGGAACGGAGAUCAAGCGAAGACGCGGGAAAUGGAGGUGAGGAGAUCAGGGGGCAGAGAGGUUCUUCACGGGUGAUGAUAGGACAAGACCGUACACGAUCCCAACGAGAAAGUUACGCACAGCCAAGCACGGACAGAACAGAGCAGAACCGGUGGCGUCACGAGCUCAGAGCUUCAGAGCUGGCCGCAGGCGCAGGCGAACCCCGGCGGGGAGCCAGCGUGUUGGACUCAGAAGCGGACAUGUGGGGGCGUUGGGCUUGGCUGAAGGUAGAGAUCGCCGGUGAAGAAUGGGUGUUUAUGACGAUUACGCCCCAACAAAAUGCACAUGGCCAGUGGGAACAAACAAGGCAAUACUUUGAGUCCACCGCAGACUGGCUCGAUGGCGGCUUAGCAACCACCUCAGGCGCUCUGGACGUCAUUUCGAGAAGUCUGGCGAGAGAAAGGAACAAGAAAGAAGCAGAUUGCAAGCGAAGAGUAGAGGAGGCAGAAGAGAAUAUGGAGGGCAAUCCUAUCUCAGCAAUGGUGUGGGCAGCAGAAAGGGAGAGGCGCUUGAGCGAAUGGAACGCUAUACAGGAGGAGAAACAGAAGAGGUGGACAGACAUACUAAAGGUAAAGGGAAUCGAGACCAACGACAAGAUGACAAAAGAGACUUUCCAUAAGCUGCAGCCGAGACGCACCCAGCAGCAGAUGGUGGAACUAAGACACCCUGUCGACGCUGCUGCUCCGACAGCCUGCGCUGCCUCCGGCAUGCUCCAAUACGCCAGGCUUUACUACUCUGACAUCCUCACCUCUAGGCGACCACAGGAGGACGUAUAUAUGGACCUGGCUAACGUCUCAGACAUGUGGGAAGAUACCACUGUAAAGCUGCAGAUUAUAGCUAGGCUGGAUCUGGACCGCCCCAUCUCUCUCGCGGAAGUGACGCAAACUAUCAAGUCAAUGGCAGUGGGAAAAUCGCCAGGAGUAGAUGGACUAACUGUGGAAUUUUACAGAGCCAACUGGGCGGUCUACGGUCCCCUCCUAGUGGAGCUCUACAAUGAGAUUCUAGUGGGAGGCAGACUGGGGAGAGGGAUGACGCGUGGCGUAAUAAUGGUCCUCUUCAAGAAGGGGGACAAAGCAGACAUUCGAAACUGGCAUCCUAUAUCACUCCUGAACCUGUCAUACAAGAUCCUUGCGAAAACGCUUGCACGCAGACUCUCGAAAUACUUCCCAGAGCUAGUAGGAAGAGACCAAGGCGCAUUUGUGCAGGGCCACUCCAUCUUCAACAACAUUGUAACAGCAAUUGAGACACUAGAGGUGGUGCAGGAGGAGAACCUGGACGUGGCAGUCCUCUUGCUCGAUCUGGAGAAGGCCUACGAUAAGGUCGGGUGGACCUUCACCUUCACGACCUUGAAACAGAUGGGGUUUGGGGAAGGUUUCUGUUCCUGGUUCGUAGCACUGUACACGGUCUCGACAUCAGCGAUGAUGGUGAAUGGCCACCUCUCUGAGCCAUUCCCUCUCACGAGGUGGCUGCGUCAAGGCUGUCCACUUGGCCCGCUCGUCUUUGUUCUGCAGCUAGAAGUCCUGCUGAACAGGAUAAGGAAACACCCGGAUAUAAGAGGUUUGCAGCUACACACGGGGGAGGAGUGCAAAGUGAAGGCCUUGGCAGAUGAUGUGUUCGCAGUAUGUGAAAACACCGAGAAGUCACUGAUAGCUCUCAAGUCGGUGAUGAGGGAAUACUGCACUCUAUCGGAAGCUACGGUAAACUGGAACAAAUCCACGUACUUGCUGCCUGCACAGUUCAACCUGCAAGUAGAAUGGGGAAUGAGGAGAGUAGAAUCAGGGGAGGAGGAAAGAUUCCUAGGGGUGUUAGUGAGUAUGCAAAUUGGGACAUUGUCCCAAGGACUGCUACUCCAGCAGCGUAUCUCAGCCCGACUCAGAUUGUGGGGCCACACAUGGCACCUAUCGCUGAUCGGGAGAGCUUUAGUGGCCAAUGUGGCACUGCUUUCCAUUCUGUGGUUUGUCACAACGGUGAAGGAAAUGGCAGAGGGCGUGAUAAGGGUGAUCAAGAAACUUGUAGCACGCUUCAUCUGGAAACCAAGAGCGCUAGCCUCAGAGGGAUUCCUGUCCAAGGUAGCCUAUGACACACUGUCCUUUCCACGCGUCCAAGGAGGUCUGGGACUACUGGACCCCGGCCGCAGGAACCAAGCCCAGUUACAAGACUGGGUAGCCAAGGUGGCCAACGCCAAGGCAAGGGACCACUGGUUCGAUCUCGCAGAACGGAUACUGAUGCGGGAGUGGGACCUCAGCAGACCCCAGGACGUAUGGGACUGUUUCUUCAUUCCGUCUUUUCGUAAAAGAAGACUCAAAUCAGGUUUUUGGGAGCCCAUUCGAAGAGCAUGGCACCGCACUCCCCCGGAUGUGCAGUCCCCGCCAGCCACCAGGGACGAAGUUCUGAAGCAGCUCUUAUUUGAGAACCCGGCAGUUGUCAACCAAGCAGGACAAGCCUUCGCCGCGGACAGUUCCACAGGCACCUUCGGCCAAGCCUGGAUCAAGAAAGGGGUAGUGCGAAUCUCAGACCUUUGGUCCAUCACCUUGGGGGGGCGGAAACCCCUGGCCGAAGUUAAGUCAUCACUCAGAGGUUUGCAGAGGACGGAGGAACACUGGCGGGAGAUCAUAAAUGCAAUCCCGCAAGAAUGGAUGGAGAUACUGGGUCCGGAAGGCAUGGACCCAGCAGGCACGUGGUGGCCAUUCGAGUCCACCCGACAUCUAUGGUGGGAAUGCCUGGCGUCCAAGAGAGUAUGGAACUGGUGGAAGGGCCACUGGGAGGAGAUGGGAGGACAGGGAGUGGAAUGGAACGAGAAAUGGGUGCUCUUGGGUUUCCUACAGAACAACGUCAAAGGACACAGAGGGUGGGGCUACAUUGCCCAUGUGACCUUCUUGACAAGGACUGCUGUUGCUGCUGCUUCUGCUUCUGCUGGUGGUGGUGGUGGUGGUGGUUGUUAUCAGCAGCAGGCAUUUUGCCAAAGCGUAAGUGGACUUGCCGUCGGAAAGCAUUUCGUUUCAAAGGUUGCUCUCCGUCUGGCAUGCCAUCGUUUGUUCUCCUCCGAAGGCGCACACCCUGCGCGCAGCCAGCGAUGCGCGCAGGCAUCGACGAUCGGAAGUGUACGAUGGCGGAAGACGAUUGACGGUGGGGAUCGUGUGGCGGCGGAGGAGAUUUCUUCUUCUUCUGGAUUGCACCGAGACCGAGACAUAGGGGGGUUUGGGCGAUGCGCCGGCGGCGUAGCAAGAAGAAGGCGAUGUGCGUGCUUGCACAAGGUGCGCGCGCAAGUGUCGGACAUGUCGCCGGAAGAGGCGACCCGAGAGUCGUCUGCAUCGCCAUCAGCAAUCGAGGGUAACGACGCCUCAGCAACGAACCCUGCUGCACCCAAGAAUGGGGGGGUAGUAGCUGAACCCCCUAUGUCCACUAGGGGAGAGGGAGAGGGAGAGGAUGUAGCGGCGGACCCACCUCCCUCAUCUGCAUCUCCAUCUGCAUCUGCGUCUUCAGGAGCAGCUCCAUCGUCACGCGGCGAUGGCGAUGCCUCGUCGGAAGCUCAACAGAAAAGUCCUUGGAGGCCGGGCGAAAGGAAGGGCUUCGUGGAGGAGAUGAGGAUCAGGGCCAUGAAGCUGCACACGAGAGAUCAGGCAAAGGAAGGAGAGAAGGAGAGUCAGGCCAAGCCCUUGGCCAAGUGGCAGCCGACCGUCACGGGUUACAUUCAGUUCCUUGUCGAUAGCAAAGCCCUGCACGACACCAUGGAAGCGAUCGUCGCCGACCCGUCGAAGCCUAUGUAUCAGAGAUUCCUCAACACCGGCCUCGAGAGGUCUGAAGCUUUGGCAAAAGACUUGGAGUGGUUUGCCUCGCAGGGGAACGAGAUCCCGGCGCCCGACGCGGCAGGUACAGCGUAUGCGGACUAUCUGCGGCAACUGGCGGAGUCCAAUCCGCCGGCUUUCAUCUGCCACUUUUACAAUGUGUACUUUGCGCAUUCGGCGGGAGGGCGCAUGAUUGGGCGCAAGGUAGCGGAGAUGAUUCUUGAUGGUAGGGAAUUGGAGUUUUAUAAAUGGGAUGGAGAAUUGCAGGAGCUGCUGACGAACGUGCGGACGCAGCUGAAUGAGGUUGCCCAGGAGUGGUCACGCGAAGAAAAGGAUGUGUGCCUGACGGAGACUGAGUUGUCAUUCAAGUACUCCGGCGAAAUCCUGCGACUGCUUGCGUCGUAGAGUGUGUGUGUGUGUGUGUGUGUGUGUGUGUGUGUGUGUGUGUGUGUGUGUGUGAGNGAGAGAGAGAGAGAGAGAGAGAGAGAGAGAGAGAGAGAGAGAGAGAGAGAGAGAGAGAGAGAGAGAGAGAGAGAGGAGGGAAUGGACGGAUGGAUAGAUUGUGGAUAGAUUGUCACAGAAAAAACGAGCUGCGCUUUGCACGAGCCCAACAUUUUGUCACGAUUGCGCUCUUCUGAUUCUCAAAAUAGCAAUUCAAAUACUCCGGCGAAAUCCUGUGGCGCAAAUCAUCCUGUGGUGGCGCAAAUCAUCCUGUGGCGCAAAUCAUCCUGUGGUGCAAAUCCUGUGGCGCAAAUCCUGUGGCGCAAAUCAUCCUGUUCCGAAAUCAUCCUGUGGCAAAAUCAUCCUGUGCCGCAAAUCGUCCUGUGCCGAAAUCCUGUGGCGCAAAUCAUCCUGUGGUGGCGCAAAUCAUCCUGUGGUGGCGCAAAUCAUCCUGUGGCCCAAAUCCUGCAACUCCUUGCGAUGAUGUAGAGAGAGGACGACAGACAAAUUCUGUUACCGAAGCGGAAGCGAGCUGCGCUUCGCAUGAGCCCAACUUGUUCACGAUUGCGCUCUUCUGACUCGAUAGGACAGAGAGAGAGGACAGAUGGACAGAGAGAGAGGACGGUGGACAGAGAGAGAGGACGGUAUUCAAGCGAAAUCUAGCGAUUCCUUGGGACGUAGAGAGAGGACGGUGGAUGGAUUGGUACCGCAGCGAGCUGCGCAGCACAUGAGCCCAACUUCGUCACAAUUGCACUCUUCUAACUCAACAGUGAAUUGUGUAUACAAGCAAGCAAGCAAGCAGGGAAGGAAGGAAGGAAGGAAGGAAGCAAGGAAGGAAGCAAGGAAGGAAAGAAGGAAGGAAGGAAGCAAGGAAGGAAGCAAGGAAGGAAAGAAGGAAAUAUAUAUGUAUAGCUGAAGAGCCUGAAAGUUAACUUUGGCCAAAAAGACAAGUAUGGUGGUAGGAGCGCCGAGGGGAGGCGGCGGCGGCGACGCAGUGGGCAGGUGGUGGUCAUAGUCACAUAGUCAUCUUUUGGGCAAUGAGAGGGGCAGAAGGGAGAAAAAAGAGGGACUUCUUUCGGACGUAGUAGUGUGUAGGGAUGGAAUUCGCCGCACCUUGUUGGAUUAUUAUGAUGUUGAUUUGAGUUUUGAAAUUAGUGGGUGUGUAUAGCAUUUGAUGAUUUGAUCACAUCUCAGUCGUCGAUAUUUGCAGUUUGUACAGUUGGUAAGCACAUGAUUAUGACAGGUCACCGUUGGGGACAAGACAAUGAGGGAACAAGUGUUUGUUGUGUAGGAGAGGGCAGAUGUGCAAUUUGGCUUGUAAAUUGAAGACAAUGAGGGAACGAGUGUUUGUUCUGUAGGAGAGGGCAGAUGUGCAAUUGGCUCCUACGUGUAAAUGGAAAUGCACCAGUCGUUUCCUGCGUGGAUUGUGCCGAUGGUGGAAUGUGUUUUGACUCAUUUGAUGUUUGACGCUCGUUGGACUCCUUUGACUAUUGAGUGAUUUGAUGUUUGACUCAUUUGACUAUUGACUCCUUUGACAAUUGACUCAUUUGACUAUUGACUCCUUUGACAAUCGACUCAUUUGAUGUUUGACUCACAUUUGAUGUUUGACUCACAUUUGAUGUUUGAGUCUUUGGACAUCAAGAUUGGAACAUGGGAAAGCGCUUCUACGGAAUGAAAUAUAUAUUGAAAA